AUGGAUUGUGAAAAUCUUUCAGAUGGUCCAACUGUGAUCAACACAUCCUGUGAUGAUGUUGAGACGGACAUUGACAGUGUGUUGCGAAGACUUGGUUCCUGUGGCAAUUCGCAGCGUGUACUUCAGUUGUUAUGCAUGAUCAUGCACUUGUCUGUGUCCUAUCAAUCGUUUUUAAUGUAUUACGCUGCCAACAAUCCUCCUUGGAUAUGUGUGGGUAACUCUAGCACAUUUUGUGAAAAGAAUUAUGGAAAAAUAUUUGACGUCACAGACGAUGACUUCCGUAAACGAUGUAGUUUGAAUCGAACUGAGUGGCGUUAUACCGCCGCUGAACCUUUCUCGAUCGUCACAGAACUCGAUCUUGUGUGUGAUAAAGAUUCGUUAGCUGCUUUGAUCACUGCUGCCUUCUUUAUUGGAUGGGGUGUUGGAGGAAUCUUUUCUGGUUUGCUAGCUGACACGUAUGGUCGAAAGGUAACACAAAUGCUAUCGUUGUUUCUGUUAUUCAUAUUUUCAUUCACACUGUCAUAUACAAAUGCUGUCUGGCAAGUUAUUUUACUUCGUUCUUUAAUUGGUGCAGUUACGGGGACUUGUCUUAACGUUGUCUACGUUCUCCUAUCAGAAUAUUCUGUACCUGAAAAACGUGCACUGGCAGGUUGUAUCUUACAGGCUUGUUUUCCAGUUGGAAACUUAUUAUUGUCAGUAGUAGCAUAUUACGAAAGGGAAUGGAGGAAAUUAUGCAUGUAUACCUCUUUCCCGAUGAUCUUCUCUUUUUUACUGACUUUCGCAUUAUUAAAGUCACCAAGGUGGUUGUACGCCUCUGGUAAAACUUCCAAGGCUGAAAAUGUACUGCGUACUAUGGCCAAGUUCAACAAAUGCGAACCGUUUGAGUUUGUGUUGCAACAAAGUAGCUGCUUGAAAGCAAACAACAAGUAUUCCUACAAGGAUUUAUUAUUCAGUAAUUGCUCCUUAACUCUGCUUGUGACUGCACAGUUUUACGGUUGGUUUUCGUGCGGUUUGGUGUACUAUGGUGUAUCGUUGGAAUCUUCUGAUUUGGGCGGAGACAUCUACACCAACUUUAUGCUCACAACGCUAGGAGAUAUACCAGGAAAUUUUAUAACAAUUUACACCAGUAACCGUUAUGGUAGAAAAAAGACAGUUCUUUCUUCUUUCCUGUUGUGUUCUAUAGUGCUGGGUGGCAUAGCUGCCGUUCCGAAAGCGUUUGCUCAUGGCAGGAUAGUGAAAGUUGUUCUUUCUAUGUUUGGUAAAUGUUUUAUAAACGUAGCCUUCGGUGGCUUUUAUUUAUGGAGUUUCGAAAUAUUUCCGACGGUUGUCAGAACACAAGGUAUGACGUUAUGUCAAGUCGCAGCGCGGAUAGGCUCUGCAACGUCGCCAUUUAUCGCCACCAUGUUAGGAAAUAUCUAUGCGCCGUUACCUUUUAUGGUAAUGUGUGGUGUCAGCCUUCUUGCCGCACUUAGUGGUGUGGCGUUACCGGAGACCAAUAACAUGGCGACACGAGAAACUUUCGAAGACUUUACGGCGAAAGAUCGUACUGUUAGAGUUGAUGAAGAUGAAGAAAUCUUAGUUUCUGAUAGCUUGAAGUAA